UUCAGUUUAUUGCCCACAUACAAUGCCACAAGCUCGCUUUUAUAUAUCGCUGAUAGGCAUACCGCUGGCCGUCAUGGUGAUGCAACAUCUAAUGAGCAGUGUGGCACCAGCAGUGGGCGUCACCCAAAAGCUGUGCUCAAACCCAGCUCAAGCUGCUAAGCUUGGAAUUCGAACUACCUACACUGGAUACGAAGGCAUAGACCAAAAAUUCCUUUGCUUCAUUGUCCCAUUUUUCGUUCAAUCUCUCUCUACUCCUAUCGGCGCUGCAGUGACCGUUGAAUUGCUCACUUUGUUCGGUGUUGUACUUGCCUUGUUCUCCAUGGAAGGCUCACGUACUCGUACCAGCCGUACGCUCCUUGCUGCUGCUCCUCUUUUCGGCUUACUCUCGAACUUGCUUGGUGUCUCGGUCACCGUCCCUCUCCUCUGGAUUCCCUGUUAUGAAUGGUUCGCAGGCGGCGUGCCGGCUGGCAAGCGGAAUGUGGUGCAAGAAAAUAUCGAGCCCGGUCGAGCAGCCGCCAUUAUCGUCAGCACGCUUGCUGUGUUUGGCGUUCCAACCGUUCUUAUGUUUUUGGAUUUACAAAAGUCGACCAUCGAAAACGUCAUUGCUGGCUGGCAAGUGGCCCCACUGUUUAUUUCACCUCUCGCAGCUCUACUGACUCCAGCCUUCCACUGGGUAGCUUUGACUACGCCUCAAACGUCGGGAGACGAUAAACUAUUCAAGGCUCGGUGGAGGACGAUUCAAAGCAAGAGCAUGGUGGAGACAUCGUAUCUGUUCGCCAUGGGUGUGGGUACCAUCGUACAUUACGGAGUCAUAGUUCAUUCUGGGUUUAAUGGUGUUUUCCUUGUGGAAGGACUCUGGAAGCUUGCCCACUUUGCAAGUGACCCUGUGCUGAGCUCAGCUGAAAAUUUGAGCACUACGGUGUGUGCUUAUUUCUUGUUGAUUGACUUGCUGGUGCUAUGUGCUGCACUAGCCUUGUUUAGUUUACUGGAAGACGGAGUCCUGGGAACGGCUGUCUACGUUGGAGCUACUGUUGUAUUGGGACCAGCUGGAGGUCUGUCUGCUUACCUUGCUUGGCGCGAGAAUGGGGUUCAGAACCCUAAGCUCAUCGUUGAAAAGUCGGAGUGAUUUAAUGCUGCUACGGUAGAAAAAAAAAAUUCUCUCAUUUCCCAUUUCGUACGUUAAAAUAAACCAAAUUUUCAACCAAGA